AAUAAAAGGCGUGGGUAUCUAGGGAGUAGUCAUUUCAAAAUGAAUUCUCCCUAGAUACAUAUCUAAAUUAAUUUUAUUAAGUAAAAUAGGUUUGACUGGAAAAUCGAAAUUACGUUGAAGGUUUAAAAUCCAUUUCAAUUUUAAAUUGACUUUUUAGUCAAAUUUUUUUUAAUGCUUUUUUUAUUUUUUUUCUAAAAUGUCUAAUAUCUUUUUUACAUCUUCUAUGUGAAAAUGUUCCAUUUUGAUAAGGUCUUCUUGACUGUUAUUCAAAAGAUCCAAUAAUGUAUGUAUAUUGGACUUUUUGAGACAAUUAUAGAUUCUGGGAGGCAAUUCUAAUUGGUCAAUAAAAAUAUAUUGAAACGCUAGUUCUUUUUUUUUUUUCUUAGGUUAACUAAUCUAUUAUGAAAAGGAAAAAGGGGUAAAGUAACUUGAUGUUGAUUGUUCUCUAAAUAGAACGUUUCUUCUUCUACAUGUAGAAAAGGAAUAAAUAAAUUAAUCAAAUUCCGGGAGGCUUCAUGAAGUGCUUCUUUAGGAGUUAAACUUCCAUUUGUCCAUAUUUCUAGAAAAAGAAUCUCUUGUUUUUCAUUCCCAUUCCCAUAAGAAUGAAUACUAUGAUUCGCAUUUUGAACAGGCAUGAAUACAGCAUCUAUAGGAUAACUUCGGUCUUCAAAGUUAUUUGACAUUUUUAAACUAUAUCCGCGAUUCCUCUCGAUUUUUAAUCCAAUACACAAAUUUAUUGGUUCCGUUAAGGUAGCUAUAUGCUGUGUAUUAUCAACGAUUUCCACAGAGGGCGGUAAAACUAUGUCUCGAGCAGUUAUAUAUCCGGGACCUUGGACACAAAUAAGCGCGUUGCGCGUUCCAUAUAGAUUACUUUUUAAUACAAUCUCGUUCAAAUUCAUUAAAAUUUCAUGUACUGAUUCUUGAAUACCGACUAUGUUAGAAUAGUCAUGUGGUAUGUUCUCAGAUUUUGCACGUGUAAUACAUGUUCCUUCUAUUUCGCCAAGUAAAGCUCUUCGCAUCGCAAUGCCUAUUGUGUCGGCUUGACCUUUCAUAAGUGGAGACAGAAUAAAGCGUCCAUAAUAAAGACGCUUACUGUCUCUUCUUGAUUCAACACACUUCCACUGUAGUGUCCGAGUAGAUACUUUGACUUUCUCUCGAACCAUAGUAAUUUUAUUUGAUCAGAUCAUUGAAUCAUUUAUUUCUCUUGAAACCCUUUCAGCCUUUAUUUAGUUCUAUACACGUCGUUUUUUAGGGGGUCUACAACCAUUAUGUGGCAUAGGGGUUACAUCUCGUACGAAACUUAAAAGUAUACCGCUUCUACGAAUAGCUCGUAAUGCUGCAUCUCUUCCUAGUCCAGGGCCUUUUAUCCUUACUUCAGCUCGUUGCAUACCUUGAUCCACUACUGCUCGAAUAGCAUUUCCUGCUGCGGUUUGAGCAGCAAAAGGUGUUCCUCUUCUUGUACCCCUGAAUCCACAAGUACCCGCGGAGGACCAAGAAAUCACCCGACCCCGUACAUCUGUAACGGUCACAAUGGUAUUGUUGAAACUUGCUUGAACAUGAAUAACUCCCUUUGGUAUUCUACGUACAUUUUUACGUGAACCACUACGGGUAUUUUUACGUGAACCAAUUCUUAAUAUAGGUUUUGCCAUAUUUUUUCAUUUCACAAGAAAUAUAUGGAUAUAUCCAUUUCAUGUCAAAACGGACCUUUUUUUUACUAGCUCCUUGGAAGUGCCUUUUCCUUUAGUAAGAUUAUCCUUGUCUUUGUUUAUGCCUCGGGUUGGAACAAAUUACUAUAAUUCGUCCCCUCCUACGGAUUAGCCGACACUUUUCACAAAUUUUACGAACGGAAGCCCUUAUUUUCAUAGUUGUUAUUCCUUAAUUCUCUUAAUAUACUUAUUGUUGGACGAAAAAAAGGUUUCUUGAUAUUUUUGAAUCUUGAAUUGUAUCUUCGUGAAAGGAAUGUUGAAUUUCAAAAAACCACUGACUUAUUUGAAUCCUUGUUAUGGAGUCUAGAAAGUGGCUGUUCCCCGAUUAACUUAAUACCUAAGAACUUACUAAAAUUUUUACCCCCCUUUUUCUCCUAUAGGUAUACCUAUACAAAAAUAUGUCGAAUCCUUUCAGAAGCAUGACCUAAAAUAAAAAAAAUCUUUAGUAUCUAAACAAAAUCGAACCAUACCGUUCGGAAGUGAUUCAUAAAGAAAACUUUCAUUAAUUCAUUUUUUUCUUUAAUUUCAUUCGGGGUAAAAAAUUCUAAACUUUUUUAGCAGGGGUGGUAUUACACAACCCCCCCCCCUUUUUUUUCACAAAUGCUAAGUUCCGGAUAUCCAAUUUUGAUAUUAGAAGGAUUACCAUAUAUAACACAAAAUUUCUCCGCCGAUUCUUUUUAGUCGAGCUUCUCGAUCUGUCAUUAUACCUUGAGAAGUUGAAAGGAUUACAAUUCCUAUUCCGCCUAAAAUUCGUGGAAUUCGUUGAGAGUUAGAAUAGAUUCGUAGACCCGGUCGGCUUAUUCUCUUUAAAUUUAAAAUCGUUUUAUAGGAUUCUUUCUUAUUUCGUCUAUGUCUUAGGGUUAAAAUCAAAAAAUAUUGAUUGUUUUCGCGAUGUUUCCUUACGUUUUCGAUAAAACCCUCUCGUAAAAGUAUUUUAACAAUGCUUUCGGUGAUGUUAGUCGAUCCUAUCCGAACUGUUCCUUUUCUAUUCAUGUCAGCAUUUCGUAUAGAGGUUAUUAUAUCAGCAAUAGUGUCUUUCCCCAUGAUAAGUUAAAAUUCCUUAAUUGUUCUAUAAUUUUGAUAUAAUCAACAUGUUAUUUUUCUUUUAUUUAUAUAAAAAUAGAGACGAAUUAUAUAUUAAUAUAUGAAUUCAAUUAUUAAUAUAUAAAAUUAUUAAGGGUAUAUGCGUGAUACACAAUCUAUUAAUUAUAAUUAAUUUGAUUUCAAUACCAUUUUUUUAAUCCUAUCCUAUAUUAACUAUCGAUAUUUAGGUCUUAUAAUACUUCAGGAGCUAAUGAAACUAUUUUAGUAAAGUUUAAUUGUCUCAAUUCCCGUGGGAUCGCCCCAAAAACGCGAGUUCCUUUUGGAUUUCCUUCUUGAUCAAUGACAACUGCGGCAUUGUCGUCAUAUCGUAUUAUCGUCCCAUUCUUACGUUUGAGUUCUUUACAAGUACGUACAAUUACAGCUCUGACCACUUCUGAUCUUUCUAGAGUAGUAUUUGGGAUUGCUUCCUUGAUUACAGCAACAAUAACGUCACCAAUAUGAGCAUAGCGGCGAUUACUAGCUCCUAUUAUUCGAAUACACAUCAAUUUUCGAGCCCCGCUGUUGUCUGCUACAUUCAAAUAGGUUUGUGGUUGAAUCAUAUUUUUGUAUCUCUUCUUUUAGUGCAAAGGACGAAGUAAAAAAAAUAUUGUUUGUCAAAAAAAACUUAGAAUCUUUUUAUCCUUAAAUGUUAUUUAGCUUUUUCAUUCUAUAUUCCUAUUCAGAAAUAAUGAAUUGGGUUUUUAUAGGCAUUUUUGAUGCCGCGAUUGAAAUAGCUUUUCUGGCUAUAUUUUCUGGUACACCACCCAUUUCAUAAAGGAUUUUACCUGGUUUAACCACAGCUACCCAGUACUCUGGGGAUCCUUUCCCAGAACCCAUACGCGUUUCCGCGGGUCUUACUGUAACUGGCUUGUCUGGAAAUAUACGUACCCAAAUUUUUCCACCACGUCGUAUAUUUCGUGUCAUUGCUCGUCGCCCUGCUUCUAUUUGUCUAGAUGUAAUCCAAGCGGGUUCAAGUGUUUGAAGAGCAUAUCUGCCAAAACAAAUACGAUUCCCACGAGAGGAUAUUCCUUUUAGUCUUCCUCGAUGUUGUUUACGAAAUUUGGUUCUUUUUGGGUUAUAGUUGAUGGGUUUUUUCUAAAUGAGAAAUUCCAUCUCUACUGCAGAACUGGACGUGAGAGUUUCUUCUCAUCCAGCUCCUCGCGAAUAAAAGGAUUAAUUAAGAUAUAGAUGUAGUUAAUGAUUAAUCCUAUUAAUCAUGGUAUUUUUUUUUUAUUUCAUCUUAUCUCUUCUAAAUUUGUGUAUGUCUUUUUUGAAAUAGAAUCAAAGAUCAAUUUUAUUUCGAUUUAUUUAAAAAUAACGUAAUAUCAUCAUUACAAAUGUAAUUUUUAUUAGAGUUAGAAUAUUAUAACAAAUCCUUAUUUUUUUUUCAUUGUUUUUUUCAUCUUUUAUUACUGUUUUUAUUUGAAAAAAAAAAACCAAUUUUUCGCCGGCGAAUAUUUACUCUUUCAAUAUCUAUUUAAGUUUGCUGUUUAUCCCCCGAGGUCUCAGAAUCAAAAUCAGAAUAGAUAAUAAAGUUUCUGGUUUAUUCCGCCAUCCUGUCCAAUGAAUUACUAAGAUUUCUUGUUCACUAGAAUCCUAUAUAUUCAUGGGUUCCGUCGUUCCCAUCGCUUCUUGAUUAAUCAUUAGGCCUGAAUUCUACAAUGGAGCUUUUACAUGAAAUUUUGAAUUUCUUUUUUUUUUGAGGCAAUUUUCUCAGUUUUGAUUGUCUCAAGGCUCUUAAUUUUUUGUUUUCGGAACAGAUUUAUCUAAUUAUUAUUAUUUAUCUAAUUAUUAUGAAUGAAUCUGUAUUGAUGCUUUAUUACAUUGCUUUUCUUACAGUGACCUCAUAGAUUUUCCAAAUUGGAAUCAUAUAUCAUUAAUAUUCAAUUUUUUCGCUCUUUCUUUCAUCCUUCCAUUUAUCCGCAUACUUUUUGAUUACCUUUCAUAACUUAAUAAUCAUCUUUCUUUAUUCUUUUUUUUUAGUCAGUUGCUCCAAUGAUAUGAUCAGCCUAUCAUAUCUUGACUAAUUUUUUGGAUCCAGAUAAUGCGAAGCAAUGAGUUGCUUAGGUUAUUUAUUAAUGCUGUAGUUAUUAGUUGGUAAGUUCUUUUUUUUUUUAUCGUAAUCUAACCCUAAACCAACGAGUCACACACUAAGCAUAGCAAUUAUAUCAAAGGAGUUUUGAUGGAAAUGUUUAUUCAACCUUAUAGAAU